GUUGACUUGUAAGGUUUGUGUCUUGUGGUUUAUGUUAAUUGUACUAUCAAUAGAUUGAACUGUAGGUGGGGUUUGUACAGGGGGCUGUGGAUAGAGGGGCCUCUAUAUAUAAAGGGGCUUGUCUGAUUCCUAAGUCACUUUACCAAACCCCAACACGACUUUACUCUUCACAUCUCCACCGCCACAAAUCAUGAAGACUUCUCUGGUCCUCCUUGCCCUCAGUCUGCUGGCUUGUUCAGUUUGGGAAAUCCAUGGGCAAUGCCAAGAGGUUGACCUUGAUGACCAGGAAGUACUGGAAGCAAAGCCGGAAAAGCGCAUGGAGCAACAGCUAAAGGGGACCUGCUGGGCUUGUAAGUGGGCACUGAAGAAAGUGAAGAAAUCCAUCUCCUCUUCCUCUAGCCCGGAGGAGCUAAAGCAGACGCUAUUGUCCGUUUGCGAUAAUAUUGGCUUCCUAAAAUCUGUGUGUAAAGGCCUGGUGAAAAAACACUUGUGGGUGCUGAUUGAGGAGCUUAGCACAAGCGAUGAUGUGAGGACCAUCUGUGUUAACAUUAAGGCCUGCAAACCAAAGGAAGUUUUGGACCUGAGCUACUGACCAAUUAGCCAGUAUCCAGAUUCCAAAGUGAGAAGAUGGAUGUUCAGGUGUCAAGACAAUGCUAUGCUGCCAGCAUCUUGCUCUUUCUUUUUCAAACUAGUCACAACACAAAUAUAUAAAUGGAUGAUGAAGAUAUUGAAAUUAUUAUGUUCUGAAAUAAUGUUCUGGGAACAUGUCUUAUAAUUUAAGCAAUAAGGCCAGAGUGCCUGUAGAGUGCCUGGAUACAGCCCUUAGCUGUGGUGUAACGGCCCUAUAACACAAUCCCCCGAGAUGCCUUGUUGAUAUUAUAAACAGGUUACCAAUGUAAUUAGAAAAAUAAGUAAGUUGUUUUGCGUCAUACCCGUGGUAUACUGUCUCUUAUGAACUGGGUGGU